AUGGCCAUUGCAACAACUCUCCUCUCUUCCCUCCCCGCCCCGCCUCUCAUGACCGCCGCCCUUCUCCUGCCGGCCAUUGCCUUGCUCACCCUUUCCCUCUACCGGCUCCACCUGCAUCCGCUCUCACACAUCCCGGGCCCGCCGCUCGCGGCGCUGACGUCGCUCUGGCUGUACUGGCACUCGUACCGGGGCACCGAGGCACGCGUCAUCGACGCGCUGCACAGACGCUACGGCCCGCUCGUGCGGAUCGCGCCGAACGAGCUCGAUAUCUCGCGCGGCGAGGCGCUGGCGCCAGUCUACGUCAGCAAAGGCGGAUUUCUCAAGGCAGCCUGUUACAGGAACUUUGAUAUCGAGGGCCAUCAAAGCAUCUUCUCGGCAGUCGAUCCGGCGCACAGAGCGCCAAGGGCCAAGGCGGUGGUGGGCUUGUUCAGCACGCAGGCCAUCAGGAGGGAGGGUCGCGGCGAAGAGGUCAUCAGAGGCGUGGCGCAGAGAAUGUGCAGGCGGUGGGAGGGGGAAAAGAGGACGGCGGCACAGCGUGGCAAGAGACCGAGAGUGGAUGUGCUGAACUUGUCGAGGAGCUUGGCGUUGGAUGCGGUGAGCGAGUACCUGUUCGGGCGAUCAUAUGGGGGUGUUGAGGAGGGGACAGGACGAGACGCCAUUGGUGAGGAGCAGCCGCAGCUCAGUGCAAGCCAAUUCGUCAACACCUUCGUUGCAGUGGGCAGGUUCUUCUACCUACCGAACUGGAUCUUUGUCGCAGUCGAAGCGCUGGCCAUGCGGUUCAAUGUUGAGAAGCACGAUGUCGAAAACAGUAUGGGGACAGUGGCAUCAUUCGUCAAGGACAUUGUCGAAGAGGCGGAGAAGGGUCAGCGCAAGGAGACCUAUCACGGUACCGAUUCGACGGGCAUGAAUUUGGCGACUGCGUGUUGGUGGUUGGCUAAGAAACCCGAAGUCUACAAUGCCCUCCGCGAAGAGGUUCUCGCCGAUCCAGAGGCCGAUCCGCAAACCAUGCCCUACCUUUCUGCCGUCAUCAAAGAGACGCUACGUAUAAGCAUGGCCAAUCCCACCCGCCUUCCGCGUGUUGUGCCGCCGCAGGGCUGGAACUUUGACUCUACAUUCAUCCCGCCAGGUACCAUCGUUGGUCUGUCGCCCUUCACGCUUCAUUUCAAUCCCCAAGUGUUCACCUCUCCGUACGAGUUCCUGCCUGAACGCUGGAGAAACCCGACGCCCGAGAUGAUACGCGAUCACAUCCCAUUCGGGCUGGGUAGCAGAGCCUGCAUAGCCAGAAAUUUGGCCACCGUGGAACUGUACUUGGCCCUGAGAGAGGUUGUGCGAACAGGAGUCCUCGAUGGUGCAAAUUGUGUGCAGGACAAGAUCGAGAUUUUGGACUGGUUCAAUUCGAGGGUUGUCGGCGAAAAGAUUGAGUUAGAAUGGUCAUGA